AAUUUCGCCAAUCUCUUACACUAAUCUCAUUGUAUCAAAUAAUAUGUCCUAUAGGAUGGAUUUUAUUUGUGAUUAUAUUAGAUUGUUUUAGUGGGUAAAUGGCGAGGAAGUAAUUACCUAUAUUUUAAUAACUAAUUUGGUCUGUAUAGUUUUCUUCUUUGAGCCUAAUUCUUGGAUUCAUUAUGGAACUUUGGGAAGAUAGGGAGAUUCGUUUUGAUGUCCCCAUAGCCCAAAUGAAAAUGAGAUCUGGGGAAAAAGUCAUAGAUCGGCUGGACUUUGUGGAAGAUACAAAAGGAAAUGGAGGGGACAAAGGAAGAUUGAUUGUUACAAACCUGAGAAUUCUCUGGCAUUCACUGACAGUCGCAAGGAUAAGUCUAUCAAUCGGUUUUAAUUGCAUGCUCUCCAUUACCACGAAAGUUGUUAAUUCGAAACUUCGAGGUACAACGGAGGCACUCUACAUUUUGACAAAGUAUGGAAGCUCUCGGUUCGAGUUUAUUUUCACAAAUUUAGUCGCUGGAAACACCCGACACUUUACCUCAGUCAUGGGAGUUCACAAGGCAUACCAGUCUUCUAGAAUCUACCGAGACAUGAAACUAAGAGGUGCCGUAGUCAGAGAUAAGCAGUUAAGAAUACUACCCCUUGAGUCCAUUUACACAACGGUAGACGGGAUUUGGAAUCUCUCUAGCGAUCAGGGAAAUGUUGGAUCAUUUAUAAUCACAAACAUCCGUCUGGUCUGGUACGCAGAAAUGAACGAGAACUUCAACGUCUCACUGCCAUACAUCUGUAUAGCGACGAUACGAGUGAGGGAGUCAAAGUUCGGACCAGCGCUGGUGGUGGAGAGCUGCGGUGUCAACGGUGGUUACGUGCUCGGCUUCCGAAUCGACCCUCCGGCCAAGCUGCAGAGUGUUACGAGAGAGCUCAUCUCACUGUACAACAUCCAUAGUCAACAGCCGGAGUUUGGCGUACAGUAUUCACUUAGUGUCCAGACUCCCCUGGCUGAGGAGGCUGCUGUAGUGGCAGAGGAAGUACAGGAAGUAGAUGAAUCAGCUGCUGAACUCUCUACCAGUCUGGCCACCUACUGCAGUGAAGGAGUGGACAAGGAAGAUGUGGCGCCGGUAUACAACAGUCAGCUGGGAUUGGCUAUAGAGCCGUUGCGACCCGGUUACACUCUCGCAGACUUGUGGCAGAUCACUCCCCCACCACCUCACAACCCUCACACACCCGUCUGAUGCGGCACUAGACAUUCCAUCCUCGUGGUAAAGUUGUUAACAGUUUUUAAAAUUGAAAUGGACGUAGUUCAAUUGAACCACCAACAGAUUGCGCUUAGGUAUAACACAGAUUUGUGUUGAAUAGGCUAACUUUUUAACCAAGUCAAACUGAUAAUGAUCUAUUUCAAACCCCGUUUCUUUCAACUAACUCGGUAACAAAAGCCAAGAGAUUAUUUAGAAUUUAAGACAGAAGCGCACUCUGUAAGUGGUACAUUUUACUAUGUUUUUUUAUGUUUGAUUAGAAGUAUGCUACAGCUGAUCCAUAUACAUGUCUGCUUCAGUAGAAAAUUGUCAAUUGUGUAACCAAUCUGAGUGAAGGAUU